AUGACCACCAAUGGUCUUCAACCAGAUCCGACCGUCGACCUCGAUUGGGGCGAUUUCCGCGGAGCCAUCCACGACGUCUUCUCGAACAACGCAGCCCAGCACCCGGAUCGCACGUGCGUCGUCGAGACCAGGAGCUCCCGGAAUGCUCAUCGCUCCUUCACCUACCGCCAGAUCAACGAGAGCUCGAAUCAACUGGCCCAUCACUUUGUCGCCCAUGGCGCCCAGGUUGGCGAUGUGGUGGCCAUUUACGCUUACCGAGGAGUUGACCUCGUGGUGGCCUACAUGGGUGCGCUCAAGGCCGGCGGCACCGUCAGUGUCAUUGAUCCUCAGUACCCUCCGGAGCGCCAGAAGAUUCUCCUGGAAAUCGCAAAUCCAAAGUUCCUCGUCUGCAUCGACAGGGCCACGCACGAGUUCGGCCAAGUCUCCGACGUGGUCAUGAAGUUUGUCACCCAAGAGCUGCGCAUCAAAUCGUUCGUCCCUGCUCUCCGGCUCGACGAUGCCGGCCACCUGACCGGCGGCGGUGUCCCCCCAACGGGGCGGGACGUCGACAUGCUCGCGGCGCAGCAUUCGUUGCGGCAACACGCCCCCGACGUCUCGGUUGGGCCAGACUCGAUCCCUACGCUGAGCUUUACUAGUGGCUCGGAGGGACGACCCAAGGGGGUGCAAGGGCGCCAUUUCUCCCUGACUCACUACUUCCCUUGGAUGGCCCGCAGAUUCAACCUGUCGGAAAACGACCGCUUCACCAUGCUUUCCGGCAUAGCCCAUGACCCCAUCCAGAGAGACAUCUUCACGCCGCUGUUCCUGGGAGCGUGCAUCGUCAUCCCCCCCGCGGACGCCGUCAGCUACGAAGUCUUGGCGGAUUGGAUGGGCGAGCACAAGGUGACGGUAACCCAUCUGACCCCGGCCAUGGGUCAGAUUCUCGUCGGAGGAGCCGUCACGCCGUUUCCCAGCCUGCGCAACGCCUUUUUCGUCGGUGACUUGCUGACCAAGAAGGACUGCCGCAAACUGCGGGAGCUGGCCCCAAACACCAGCAUCAUCAACCUCUACGGCUCGACCGAGUCGCAGCGCGCAGUGUCCUUCUUUGAGAUCCCCAGCAAGGCUGCCGACGAGGCCUUCCUGGACGACUUGCCCGACGUCAUCCCCGUGGGGCAAGGGAUGCGCAACGUCCAGCUCCUCGUUGUCGAUCGCGAUGACAGGACCAAGCUCUGCGGCGUUGGCGAGCAAGGCGAGCUGUUUAUCCGCGCCGCCGGUCUCGCCGAAGGCUACCUGGGGAGUGACGAGAGGACCGCUCAGCUGAAUCAGUCCAAGUUCCUGACCAACUGGUUCGUGGACGCUUCGCAGUGGACAACAGCGCCGUACCAGCGGCAGGCAUCUGCCGGCGAAAGGCCGUUGCCCAAGUGGCACCAGUGCUACAAGGGCCCCAGGGACAGACUCUAUCGAACCGGCGACCUCGGGCGACUGCGCCCGGACGGCAGCGUCGAGUGCACAGGAAGAGUGGAUUCUCAGAUCAAGAUUCGCGGCUUCCGCAUGGAGCUCGGCGAGAUCGACGCCUGUCUGUCGCAGCAUCCCUUUGUCCGGGAAAACGUCACCAUUGUCAGGAGAGACAGGAACGAGGAGCAGACGCUCGUCACGUAUUUCGUCCCCGAGAUCAAGCGAUGGUUCCAGCAUUGCAAGCACGAGGAGCAGAGAGCGACGGAGCCCGAGCUGCUCGAUGACUCCAUGAUUGGCAUGCUGCGGCAGUUUAAGUCUCUCUCUGACGACUGCAAGGCGCUUCUGGCCGCCAAGUUGCCAAAGUAUGCCGUCCCCAGCAUUCUGAUUCCGCUGGUUCGAAUGCCUCUUAAUCCCAACGGAAAGAUUGACAAGCCUGCGCUUCCUUUCCCCGACCCGGCAGAUCCUGCUCUUCUGACCAAGAGGAGAGCGUCGUCGGUUACAGCAAGCAUGACGGAAACGCAAAAGCAGCUGGCAGCGGUCUGGGCAUCGGUGCUUCCCAACCGCACGGCCCGCAUGCUGGUGCCCGGCUCCAACUUCUUCGACGAGGGGGGACACUCGAUCCUCGCGCAGCAGAUGUUCUUCCGGCUCAAGCAGCAGUGGAAGGGCAUCGACCUGCCUGUGCGGGUCAUCUUCCAGUCCCAGACGCUCGAGGCCCUCGCGGCGGAAAUCGACCGCGCCCAAGACCCCAUCGGCCUUCGCCUCGACGCACUGCCGCUUCCGACGGACGAGAACGCCGCGGACGAGGCGUACGCCGCGGACGCACGAAGCCUGACGAGCCAGCUACCCAAGACGUUUGCUGCCGGCGCGGGCGCGCUCGACGCUGCCGCCCCGUCGUCGUCGUCGUCGUCGUCGUCGUCCUACACGGCACUCCUUACCGGCGCGACCGGCUUCCUGGGCUCGUAUCUGCUGCACGAGCUGCUCCAGGGCCCCCGCCCGGCGUCGCGAGUGAUUUGCCACGUGAGAGCAAAGGACGCGGCUUCGGGCCUCGACCGCCUCGAGGGCAUCAGUCGGGCGUACGGGCUGUGGCGCCCCGAGUGGGCGUCGCACAACAGGGUCGAGGUGGUGGCGGGCGACAUUUCCAGGCCGCAGCUGGGGGUCGCGCAGGAGACGUGGGCACGGCUCGCCGACGAGGUGGACGUGGUGAUCCACAACGGCGCCCAGGUGAACUGGAUGCUGCCGUACUCGAGCCUUCGGGCCGCCAACGUCAUGAGCACCCUGGCCUGCAUCCGGCUCUGCGCCGCGGGCAAGCCAAAGAGGCUCGGGUUCGUGAGCUCGACCUCGACGCUGGACAGCGCGCACUACGUGUCGCUGUCCCGGAAGCAAGGCCUGGCCGUGUCGGAGGGGGACAGCCUGGAGGGCAGCCGCAAGGGCCUGGGCACCGGCUACGGGCAGAGCAAGUGGGCGAGCGAGUACCUGGUGCGGGAGGCCGGGCGGAGAGGGCUGGCCGGCGCCGUCAUCCGGCCGGGCUACGUGACGGGCGACGCGGAGACGGGCAUGUGCGUCACGGACGACUUCUUGGUGCGGCUGUGGAAGGGCUGCCUGCAGCUCGGGGCACGGCCGGCCAUUGCCAACACGGUCAACACGGUGCCGGUCAAGCAGGUGAGCAGGAUCGUCGUGGCGUCGUCGCUGUGCCUGCCCGCCGCCGCCGCGGGCGGGGGCGAGACGCUCCAGGUCGCGCAGGUGACGAGCCACCCGCGGCUGACGCUGGACGAAUGGCUGGGCGCGCUGCAAGUCUACGGCUACGACGUGCCGGCGGUCCCGUACGACGACUGGUGCGAGCGGAUGAGCCGGUACGUCAGCGACGCAGCCAAGCCGGAGCACGCGCUGCUGCCCCUGUUCCACUUUGUGACGGGGAACCUGCCCGCCGACACCGUGGCCCCGGAGCUGGACGACGCCAACGCGGCCGCGGCGCUGAAGCUGUACUCGGCCGGGGCGGCUGCGGCGACGGCGGCCUCGGCAGACCGGGACGGCGACCCGCUAAGGGACAGCGCCGUCGGCGUCGACACCGUGGGCGUCUAUCUCGCGUACCUCGUGGCCAUUGGCUUCCUCCCUGGGCCGGGGCAGCACCAGGCGCGGCCGCUUCCGGGACUGCCCAGCGCGACGCUGCAGCUGAUCCAGCAGCACGCGGCGUCCGGGGUGGGCGCGCGCUCGUCCAGGACGUGA